AUGAGAGGACAAAUCCUUGCCUGCCUCCCUCUGAACCUGAUCACACUCCUCUCGCUCUUCCUCAGCUGCACCUGCCAAAUCGACUCCCAAACACAAGCCCUCCUCCAGUUCAAGGCCGGGCUGAACGACCCUCUGAACCACCUCGUGUCAUGGACGAACGCCACCUCCAAGUGCCGCUUCUUCGGCGUCCGGUGUGACGACGACGACGACACCGGCUCCGGCACGGUCACCGAGAUCUCGCUGUCGAGCAUGAACCUCUCCGGCGGGAUCUCGCCCUCCAUCGGGGUGCUGCAUGGCCUGGCGCGGCUGCAGCUCGACUCCAACUCGCUGUCGGGGCCCGUGUCGCCUGAGCUGGCCAAAUGCACGCAGCUCCGGUUCCUGAACCUGUCCUACAACAGCCUCGCCGGGGAGCUGCCAGACCUGUCCACGCUGACGGCGCUCCAGGCCCUCGACGUCGAGAACAAUGCCUUCACCGGGCGCUUCCCGGCGUGGGUCGGCAACCUGUCCGGCCUCACCACGCUCGGCGUCGGCAUGAACAGCUACGACCCUGGGGACACGCCGCCGAGCAUCGGCAACCUCAGGAACCUGACGUACCUGUUCCUGGCCGGCAGCAGCUUGACGGGGGUGAUACCGGACUCCAUCUUCGGGCUCACCGCGUUGGAGACGCUGGACAUGUCCAUGAACAAUCUCGCCGGCGUGAUCCCGCCGGCCAUCGGAAACCUCCGGAACCUGUGGAAGAUCGAGCUGUACAAGAACAACCUCGCUGGCGAGCUCCCGCCGGAGCUCGGGGAACUGACCAAGCUGCGGGAGAUCGACGUGUCCGAGAACCAGAUCAGCGGUGGGAUCCCGCCGGCUUUCGCGGCGCUCACGGGGUUCACGGUGAUCCAGCUCUACCACAACAACCUGUCCGGGCCGAUCCCGGACGAGUGGGGCGACCUGCGGUACCUCACGAGCUUCUCCAUCUACGAGAACCGGUUCUCCGGCGAGUUCCCGGCCAACUUCGGCCGAUUCUCACCGCUCAACAGCGUCGACAUCUCCGAGAACGCCUUCGUCGGGCCUUUCCCGAGGUACCUGUGCCGCGGCAACAACCUCCAGUUCCUUCUCGCUCUCCAGAACGGCUUCUCCGGUGAGUUCCCGGAGGAGUACGCGGCGUGCAGGAGCCUGCAACGCUUCCGGAUCAACAAGAACCGGUUCACUGGCGACCUCCCGGAAGGCCUCUGGGGGCUCCCGGCGGUGACGAUCAUCGACGUGUCCGACAACGGAUUCACCGGAGCCAUGUCGCCGCUGAUCGGGCAGUCGCAGAGCCUCAACCAGCUGUGGCUGCAGAACAACAAGAUCGGCGGGGCAAUACCGCCAGAAAUCGGCCGGCUCGCCCAGGUGCAGAGGCUCUACCUGUCCAACAACACCUUCUCGGGCUCCAUACCGGCGGAGAUCGGCAGCCUGUCGCAGCUGACGGCGCUGCACCUGGAGGGCAACAAGUUCAGCGGCGCCUUGCCGGACGACAUCGGCGGCUGCAUCAGGCUCGUCGAGAUCGACGUCUCCCAGAACGCGCUGUCCGGGCCGAUUCCGGCCUCGCUGUCGCUGCUGUCGUCGCUCAACUCGCUCAACCUCUCCAACAACGAGCUGAGCGGGCCGAUCCCGACGAGCCUCCAGGCGCUCAAGCUCAGCUCCAUCGACUUUUCCUCGAACCAGCUCACCGGGAACGUUCCGCCGGGGCUUCUGGUGCUCGCCGGCGGCAGCCAGGCGUUUGCCCGAAACCCCGGCCUCUGCGUUGACGGCAGGUCCGACCUCGGCGUCUGCAACGUGGACGGCGGCCACAAGGACGGCCUCGCCACGAAAUUGCAGCUUGUGCUGGUGCUGGUCCUUGUCUCGGCGACGCUGCUGCUCGUGGCCGGCAUCCUGUUUGUGAGCUACCGGAGCUUCAAGCUCGAGGAGCUCAAGAAGAGGGACCUGGAGCACGGCGACGGGUGCGGGCAGUGGAAGCUGGAGUCGUUCCACCCGCUGGAGCUGGACGCCGACGAGAUCUGCGCCGUCGGGGAGGAGAACCUGAUCGGGUCGGGCGGCGCGGGGCGCGUGUACCGGCUGGAGCUCAAGGGCCGCGGCGGCGGCGGCGGCGUGGUGGCCGUGAAGCGGCUGUGGAAGGGCAACGCGGCGCGGGUGAUGGCUGCCGAGAUGGCCAUCCUCGGCAAGGUCCGGCACCGGAACAUCCUCAAGCUGCACGCGUGCCUGUCGCGCGGCGAGCUCAACUUCAUCGUCUACGAGUACAUGCCGCGAGGCAACCUGCACCAGGCGCUCCGGCGGGAGGCCAAGGGCAGCGGGCGCCCGGAGCUGGACUGGCCGCGCCGGUGCAAGAUCGCGCUCGGCGCGGCCAAGGGGAUCAUGUACCUCCACCACGACUGCACGCCGGCCGUCAUCCACCGCGACAUCAAGUCCACCAACAUCCUGCUCGACGAGGACUACGAGGCCAAGAUCGCCGACUUCGGCAUUGCCAAGGUCGCCCAGGAUUCCUCCGACUCCGAGUUCAGCUGCUUCGCCGGAACCCAUGGCUACCUCGCGCCCGAGCUGGCCUACUCGCUCAAAGUGACGGAGAAGACGGACGUGUACAGCUUCGGCGUGGUGCUGCUGGAGCUGGUCACCGGCCGGAGCCCGAUCGACCCGCGCUUCGGCGAGGGCAGGGACAUCGUCUCCUGGCUGUCCAGCAAGCUUGCAUCGGAGAGCCUCGACGACGUCCUGGACCCGCGGGUGGCCGUGCUGGCCAGGGAGAGGGACGACAUGCUCAAGGUGCUCAAGAUCGCCGUGCUCUGCACCGCCAAGCUGCCGGCGGGCCGGCCGACCAUGAGGGACGUGGUGAAGAUGCUCACCGACGCCGGCGCGGCCCCCUGCAGCCCGCGCGGCCAGCCGCCGUCAAGGGUCUGCAGCAACAAGAGCUGCUGCUGA